AUGUCCCAAGAAUCGUCUCCCGAAUUCGCGGCUCAUAUCAUCGAGCUCACCUCUAUGACCGACAGCAAGAUUGUCCAUGUCAACCUAUCCCCCGGUCGUGCAGAAGUGACUCGAGCGUAUAAGUUAUCGCUCCAGGUUGGGGUCAAUCAGGUCAAGAUAUCCGGACUACCAACUGAGGUCGAUCAAGACUCGCUAAGAGUCGAAGGACGAGGCGCCGCCACUAUUCACGAUGUGUCCAUUGCACCAACACCUCCAGCUACAGCGGAUCCUGAAAUUAUGUCUGCGUUGGUGAAGGAACACCAGAGCAUGGCAAAUAAAGUCAGGAGAUGCAAGGACGUCUCCGCGUUCUUGGAGAAGUAUUUGCGCAACAUUGCGGCUGUGCCUUCCGAUCACCCCCAACUUCCAAUGAUCAUGCAAACCUACGAGCGCGAGAGCUCGAAGAUUGACGACCGGUUGAUGGACCUCGAGGAUGCACUAGAGAAACUACGACUGCGUCGUGAUGAAGAGCUGAAGCGUACUACCCAAGCUCAACCGUCGGAUCCGUUGCAACUGACCGCCACUAUCGGUAUAUUCGCUGACAAUGGAGGGGAUGCAGAAAUUGCGUUGAUCUACGCCGUCCCCGGUGUUUCUUGGCAAGGGAGCUAUGACAUCCGCAUCAACAUGCAAUCCAAAGAUGCGCCCUUUACCCUCAAAUACAAGGCAGCGAUUUCUCAAUCCACGGGCGAGAACUGGGACAACGUGCAGUUAACGCUGGGCACCAUCAGCCCAACUUUCGGCUUGCGCGUCCCAUCCCUGGGAUCGUAUCGAUUAACCAACUCCUCUGAAUACCCGCCCCUCAUCAUCCCCCAACAAGCUGGGCCUGCCUAUCCACAGCCCAUGGUAGUUCCAUGUUCUCGCAGCUCCCGCUCGCGUUCUCGGUCCCGUUCGCGGUCCCGCUCCUACUCUCCCCGGAGCCGUAGAAGUCGAUCUCGAUCCCGCUCUCGUACUCGUCGAACUAUCAUCGUCCCUCCGCCUCCUACCCCGAUGAUUAUGACGCACGCCACAAUCCCCGUGUCAAACUUCAGAGGCCUCAGCGCAACGUACGACAUUCCCGGCUUGAUCAGCGUGCCCAACGAUGCUCGGGCGCACAACGUUACCAUCGCUGAGCUCUCAUUGGACGCGUCGUUUUCGUGGCUGGUUGUGCCGAAAGUUGACCUCAGGGCGCAUCUGAAAGCCGAAGUGAAGAAUAGCUCUGAAUAUACCCUCGUAGAUGGGCCUGCUAAUGUCUACAUUGACGGAAGCUUCAUCGCCAAGUCGCGUAUACCAGCUGCUAGCCCCCAAGAAAGUUUCGAGUGUUCCCUUGGCAUCGAUCCCUCGAUCCGUACGACCUACGUCCCGCUGAGCAAGAAGACCUCGUCAUCAGGACUUAUCAACAAGACAACCACGACAGCGUAUUCCAGACAAGUAAUUAUUCGGAACACCAAGUCGAUUCCCAUCGAGAACUUGAAGAUCCUCGACCGUGUUCCCAUCUCCGAAACCUCGCAGAUCACCGUCAAGUUGAUCAACCCCGCGCUGACAUUGCCUCCCCCACCGAAGAUGGAGAGGAGUCCUUCGGAGAACACGAGCAUAUUGGACAAGGCCAAAGGGUACCAGUUCAAGCCGAUCAAGUUGUCUGGCACUUCAUCGCUGAAAGUGAGUGAUACUGUGACUGUGCAGUGGGAAGGUGAGGACGGCGAAGUGGGCACGGGGAGCGAUGGGAGGUUGAGCUGGCAUUGUAUGAUUCCCCCGCAAGGGAAGGUUAGUGUCAACUUACAGUGGGAGGAAAGCAGACCGGUGGGUAUGGUCUUGGUCGAGCAAUCGAGAUAG